AUGGCAUUCAUGUGGCGCAUUUCACAAUUAGGUUUUUUUGUGAAUCGUCAUGAGAAGACUAGUUCAUAUGGAGCGUUGCAAGAGAAUGUUGUGGAUUUGAUACAAGAUCAUCUCAAAGUCAAAUAUAAGCUAUCGGGGCUUUCGUACAUGGAUCUAUUGGCGCAAAAAAAGGCACAUGUUGAACCACCUAACAAGAUAGAGAUGUUGGACGAAUCAAGUCAGAAAAGUAAAACUGAGGCAAUUGUUCCUGCGAAGAGUGAUAAGAAGGUGCAUAACUUAAAAUAUAAGAGGGCUGAAAUGGAGACACAUAUUCCAAAACCUGUUGCCAAAGAAAUGGCUCAGUAA